AUGAGUAUCCAAUGGUCCACAACCUCUUCUGGGUCAUGGGACGAGAAGUACCCGCAGCUGGACACUGGCAACCCCGGCUUGCCAUCACCUAUUCCCACUGAAUUGAUUUUCUAUCCUGAGAAUCCUGGUGAUCCUUUUAUCAUGAAGCCAGUAUCUCACAGCUGGGCUGACGUCUCUGAAAUGAUCUUACACUGUGUACGCAGGUCACAAAACAUCGAAUAUCACCCUGUUUGCGACCAAUCGUUACGAUCGUUACAAUUGUGCCAAUCUAUCGCCUCCAUCCAAGACCCCGAAACUGACCUUACCAUCCAAUACACCAAAUUUGUCCUUGCAACUUAUACGAGGAUCUAUAAUCAAUUGUUCUUCGGAGGAAUGGUCAAAAGCUCUGUCGUGGAAGAAUCCGCUGACGAAGAGAUCAAGAUUAUCUUCGAACUUCAUUUGGUCUCUGAUUUGGAUAAUGGCUUGGGUCCCAAUUUAGGUCUCGCCAAAGGCGUUUUCGACGGCAGAAUCAACCGUGUAACCAUAUACAUCUUGGACUUAGUCACUUUAUACCCUAGACGGCACUGCCACGAAGUUAUAAGUCAAAUGUUGGGGACCCUUGCCCAUGAGAUGGUGCAUGCCAUGCAAUUGAUGUAUACAAAGUAUCCAGGUGAUGGACUUGGAACUAUUUACGCUCCGCAUGGUACCAAUUUUCAGAAAGCUGCGCAAGCCAUUGAGCAAGCAACUCGUGAUCCUUCGGGAGGGGAAGGGUGGAUCUACCCGAAAAUCAAACUUGGCAGAGAUUGGGGGGUAUUUGGCGAUAUCCUCAGGGAAAAUUACAAGGAACCGACUGACGCGGAGAUUCGAAACAUGGGGUUGGAUGUCGAGAAGCUUAGGGGAAUCUUCCGGGAACACCUGCCGAGAACAAUGAGAUCGAUCGAUCAGCCGAGCGAUUUCAAUUAG